AUGGGCGAUGAAGACUGUAAAGUAUGCAAAUUAAAAAUUAGGGAUAUGAAGGAAGCAGUGUGCUGUGACAGCUGCAGGGACUAUAUGCACACUGGUCCAGUGAAAGAAAAAAACUGCUCGGGUCUUUCCACAACUGAACUUCGUGCUAUGGUUCUUCAGAAUCGUAACAUCAUUUUCUUCUGCAAUGAUUGUAGAGAUGCCUUUAGGAGUGUUCCAUUACUCAUUCGGCAGAUAACUGAAAUAAAAAAUGAUGUGAAAACUCUUAAAAAUGAUGUGGAAAUUCUGAAAAAUGAUAAAAUCAAAUGCGAAAUGGAAAUUGCAUCUCUGAAAGCAACUCAAAAUUCAACAUCCCUAAACUCAAACUCAAACUCUGAAUUGGGAUUGAACAUGUGCGAAAUCCUAGCAGAAAUAAGCGAGAGAGAAGCCCGUAAGAAGAAUAUUAUAAUAUUUGGUCUACCAGAGUCACAAGCAAAGCGACAAAGAUUCCUGUUAUGA